AGUAUAGCAGUUUCUAUACUGUCUGUUAUGGCAAGCCCAUUCAACCUUUGCGAUUUUUCCCUUAGCUUAUGCUGAGUAAAAUUUUAAUUCAAAUUUACUUCUUCAAGUUUUAAGCUUAAAUUCUUUGUUGUUAUAUUACGUCGCGUCACGUUAUCUACCUUGCGGGCGUACAUGUUUUCAUGUAAAAAAUGAUUGAUUUUACGAUAAAAACGUUGGAUUCCAAUAAUCACCAUUUCUCCGUGGAUGAUGAGACCACAAUCGAGGAACUCAAGGAUAAAGUCAGAGAGCAGCUGGGUAUAGAGAUUAAUUUGCAACGACUGAUCUUUUGUGGAAGAGUGUUGCAAGAUGAUAAAAAGCUUAAAGAAUAUAAUGUCAACGGGAAAGUGGUGCACCUGGUGCAGCGUGCUCCGCCUAGUCCGGAAUUCCGCAGCUGCAACCACUCUUCAACGAACAACAGCACCACUGCCGCAUUGAAUCUGACCACCACUCCAAACACCGAUGCUACUGCCCAAAUGCAGCAACAUAUUAGGCGGUUGAUGACCUUAAACGGCCCUCCGGACUUCGUGUUGGAGCAACAACAAGCACUGACGCUGUCGCCGACCACCGGCCGCAUGGAAUUCGUCAGACGUAUGAUAGCUGAGAUUAAGGCAUCAUUAGCGGCUUUGCGCGCUAAUAUCGCCGGCGAGGUACGAGAAAAUUCUGGUGCACCGGCUAGCAGUGAGGGCACGGAACAAAUGGACAGUGAAUCGUCACCUACGCCACAUGAAGAGCCCGACCCGCAAGUCAUCGAGCGUGAACCCGAAGAGUUAAGCGAAGCGGCCUUCCGAGCUCAAAACCUUCGCCGAAGGAGCUAUAGGGCUAUACGAGCGUUGCGCGCGCGCCACUCUAGGCCUCGCGACUUGGGCCAGUUGAUCGACGAGCUGGAGGCUCUUCAAGAACAAUUUGCGCCUCACCGAAACCAUUAUGUGAGACUUCUGAGGGCUGCCAAUGAUCCUGAUCUCCCUGAGUUAUCAGAAACUGAGCGGGCUACUUCCCAGCGCUCAGUGGAUAUGAUUGGGGACAUAAUGCAUAGCUUCGCGCACGCGUACCACGCCAUCAGCGAUAUCCAUUUCCCAGUGGGCCAGAGGAAUCCCCGACUCACUGCUGACAGCCCCGCCGCGCGCCAUCCAAUACCAAUGCAUGCUCAUAUUAAUGUGAUUCAGUCCAAUCGUCGUCCGACGGCGCCUACAGCGACCACCACGAGCGGCGAAGCCACCGCCCCGUCGGCCCCAGCCACUGUGACUGCCAAUUCUGCCACAGUCACCGCCACGGCCCCUGCCACGGCGCCAGCCACGGCGCCUGCCAUGACGCCUGCUACAGCCCCUACCACGGACCCCGUCACGUCGCCCGCUACGGUGCCCGCCACGGCCCCCGUCACGGCCAGCGACACCGAUCCUGCCCCUGCUCCCGCCAACGCCACUGCUACGGCCAAUGGCAAUCAAACCACAACUACCACUGAAGGAAUUACUGGCCAAUCAGCACAACUUUCCGCGCAAGCCGGUAGGAACACCACCCAACCGACUGUCAAUAUAAACAUUCAGCCAGAUCUCACGUAUCAAGUAGAGAUAGAGACCAGGGUGCCCAUUGCUUUCCCUCUGACGGCUGCUGUUCUCAGCGGACUGAGAAACGCGGCCCCGGCCAAUCAAGAACAAAAUCAGACACAGCAGAACACGCAGGCCAACCCCACACAAGCCCAGUCCCAGUCCCAGUCCCAGGCCAACAGGCGACAAGUGCUACUUGAUUUUGAGAAUUUGUUUCGUGGAUUGGGCCAAGGCGGUGGCCUCGGCGGUGUAGAGGUCGUCAUGAGUAUGGAGGAGAUCCCUCAGGGCGUAAUCGGGAAUUUAGCGGGAGCAGGAGUGGGGGCCAACGCUGCUGCGCAUCAUGAUGCUGGACCUGGAGUAUACUUGGCCCCAAUGGCAUGGGGCGGUCCGCCAAGCGCCGAUUUACUACAAAAUAUUGUCUCAUCGGUGAUUCGUCAGGGGUUGGUGCCAGGAAUGGAAGUACAAGUGCACGCUCCUAUUGCAAAUCAGCUCGCUGCGGCGUUGCAGGGCAAUCUGCCCCAAAAUCAGACCCAAAACCAAGGCCAGCCCACAGGGCAAACUGGACAGACUCAAGCUCAAGGAAAUCAGGAGGGGGAGACUCAGCCAGGCCAGACCAGGCAACCGAGCAUUCACCUGCGUCGCGCGACCACGACCACUUCGCGCUCGCACGCCGUGACUCUGGCCAACUUGGUGUACGACAGAUACUUGCAUUGCGACAACGCCCACGCUCGCCGCCGCAUGGCCCGCCGCCGUGAGCAAUACCAUCAGCAAUUGAUUGCACACGAGCGCAUUCGUAGCGAUCGCAUUAGUGCUCAACAUAUUGAAGCCUUGCUUGAUCGCGGGAUUGUUGGGCUCACAGAGCAACAUUUGGAUCAUGCUCUUGAUCUGAUCAACGGCAGACCAUCGCAUGAGAGUUGGAUAACCGCUCUUUUGGUGAUCAUAGCUCGUCACAUAUUCCUGUCUGAGAUGACGCAGCCGAUUCCCGGCGAGCCUCCGUUCGUGCCGACCGAGUUCGAGCCCGUUCGCCUGAUGUUACGCGACUACAUGCAGAAUCUGAGGGCACGGUCUCGGCCCGGCGACGGCGAACGUUCUUUUGAAAUUAUGGCCGAUUACCUUAUCGAGGAGUACUCGGAAUUCAUAAAUGGCAUGUUCCGUUAUGCGCGCUUGCGUCCGGAGGUGGAUCCCCUGAGGUCCAUCCGUGCUCUGAUGCGUUUUCGUCUGCCGGCUGCCAUCGCUUCCGUCAUGUCAGACUCUUCUACGGAAACCUUCGCUGCUCGAUUCUACAGUAUUUUCGCGCGAAUCUUCACUGAUUUGACCGCGAUGAUAUUGUACAUCUGCGAGGAGGGCGUGGUGGGCUUGAGGGAGAUCUACAGGGAGUUCUUGGAAGAGAACUUGGGUUCUUUCGACCAGACCAUACGCGAAACACUGAUGGUCCUGGCCUACGGUAACAUGAACGGGGUGUUGCAAUCGAUCAAUUCCAGUGUGGACAACAUUCGUCUGUUCCUACGUAGGCGGGACUCCGAUUCCGAGGCACCACCUCCAGCUCGCGUAGAGCCGUCGCCGAUGGAAGUGUCGCCGGCGCCCGAGGACGAGCGGCCCCGGGCCGGCUCGCCCCCUCCGCCGCUCGCCGCCGAUGUCCCGUCGCCGGGCGACGCAACACCGGCCGGUUUCCCCGAGGUGGCCGCGCAAUCCACGGCCCCACUCGAAUGUAACCUGUGCGAAGUCUGCCACUUGCCCACCGACGAGAUACCCGAAGUAUUUGAAACAGCAAUCACUCCGGCCAGCAGGGAAAUGGAGACAGAGUCCCAAUCAGACUCACGCUCGGAUGCUGAAGGUACCUCAGACUCAGCAGAAGCGAGGAUGGAAGAAGUGAAGCCAAUCAUGGACACGCCACCGACCACUGAAGCACCCAGACCUUCGACUAAUGCUUCUAACUCUAAUAAUAUUCGAUUCGUGCCACCAAUGGUAAUUGUCCAGCAUUGGGGCUCGGAGUGGGUGCCGGUGUUGACUCACGACCAGCAGUCGCAGGACGGGCAGCAGCCGGAGCCCUACAGCGACGCUUACCUCUCCGGCAUGCCGUCGAGGAAGCGCCGCUGCGUGCGACAGAAUAGACCUGCCACUACUCUCGAUGGAUUCAUGAAUGAGAGCGUACGUGAAGCGGCAUUGGAGCGUACAUCGACCGUGGACAACAGAUCGUUUCGGCUCGCGUUCCGCGAACACAUGCGCACCCUCGCCCGCCAGCGCGCCCUCGCCUCCGAGGACUACGACCCGCUGCGCUACACAUCCGCCGCGAGGUUCCUCGACACCAGAACAAACAAGAAAGACAAUCCCGAAAGCGAAACAAAAGACCCGAGCAAGUGAAAUGGCCAAGUCGAAAGGGGCAGAAUCACAGUCCUUAGCUUUAGAUCAUAUUGGCUUGGCUUACUUAUUUCCAAGCUGUAUGGGUUUUAAUAAUUAAUAAUGGAUUAAUGAUUUAUGAACUGUGUGUUUAAAAAUAUAUCUCAGUGUAGUAAUCACUAAAAUCUAUGAUUGUACAAUAGCAUCGUUUUAUUAUCUUUUCAUUAUGGUAUCCGUUAUAUUUAAUUUGUUUUAUUUCUACUGAAGAAAAUCAAUUGGUUGAAAUAUGAAAUAUAAUUUUUAUUUUCAUCAAUUUAUUUUAUUAUUUUGCAUUGAACGUUACAAUAUGGCCUAUUGGAACAAUUUUGUAGGUAAUUUAUCUAUUGAUGUAUUUUACUGUUAGGUUUCGAUGAUACUUAGAUUGUAUCAUGCAAUUAAACAUAAUAGUACAUACUUUAUUGUGCAUUAUACAGUCAUUUUAAUAUCAUAUUAUGAAUAUUAAUAUUACUGAGUCUUUAGGACGGCAUGCUAUCAUUAUCACAUUAUUCGCACAUAAUAUACAUGUACCUAUUGAUUUUGCAAGAAAUAUUUAAUCGGUAAUCUCGUCUACUCCCUCAAUUAGAUGUUAGCUAAUAUGAUAUUUCACAUGUACUUACGGCUGAAAUUUAUUGAUGUCAAUGCAAUAUUUUAAUAUUAUUUUGCAUUUAUUGUAUAGAUUACAAUUUCAACUUAAUUAUUCAUUAUAUUAGUUAUUGUUAAUUGUUUUUAGAUUUAAAUCAUUAAUUUACACUCAAUAAAUGCAUGGAUUUAUUGUUGUUCUAAUUUUCAAUUGUUAAGCUAAAUGAUUAAUUCUUGAAUAUUUAAUUUUCGCAUCUAUAUUUAAUUUUUUAUUUAUUAUCAUUUAUAUUAUAUCUAUAUAUCGUAAUAAUGACAUGGAAUUUCAUACAUUAAUAGCAUACCGUAGUCAAAUAUAACACAACUUGAUGUCCUUAUUGAGUAGGUGUUUUGGGAUAUUUUUAUGUUAGCGUUUAAGCAACAUAGAAUAAUUGUAGCCUGGUAACCAUGAUGAUCCAGAUCGUUGUCAUUAUUAUAUCCGCUCAUACUGGAGGUUAUCUUAAUAAAUGUAAACAAUAGAA